AACACAACUGGAGGAUUCAAACUGAAAGUGGCGCGUUUGCUAAAGCUUAGGCGGGACAUUCUGAUGCCAAACGACAUGGGAACCAUUACAACCAACCCGAUAGCACCACAUUGAGUUCCAAAGUAACCAGAAAUUUGCACAAGGCGCGUUAAUACUGACACUAGGGUCUACCUUAAAAAAGGAGGGCGAGGCAUUUCAGGUCUCUGACAAUCAUACAAGCAUAUGUGCUGGCAAUAUGGCGGGGCGAGGGCGUUCACGGCAGCUGAAGCUUUUAGGAAAUAUGUUUUGGUUCGGUUCGGUUUUAACUGUUUUAACAGCGCAGCUCCAAAAUGUCUGCGCCCAGCCCGAGAGCAGCGUGCUGACAGUCGCUGAUGCCAACUGGACCCUUAUUCUGGAGGGCGAGUGGAUGUUAAAAUUCUACGCCCCGUGGUGUCCAGCAUGUCAGCACAUUCAGGCGGACUGGGAGGCUUUCGCCAAACUGAGCCAAAGUCUUGGAAUCUUUGUGGGAAAUGUUGAUGUCACACAACAACCAGGCCUGAGUGGGCGGUUUCUGGUCACCUCACUACCGACUAUCUUUCAUGCAAAAGAUGGAAGUUUCAGAAGAUACAUGUCAUCAAGGACCAUUGACGAUAUCCAAGCUUACGUCAUUCAAAAGAAGUGGGAAGCCGUAGAGCCAUUGCCAGGAUGGAAAUCGCCAUCAUCCAUCUUGAUGUCGGGCAUGGCUGGUCUGUUCCGGCUCUCUGUGUGGAUUCGGCAAAUACACACCUACCUAACCAACACUCUUGGGAUUCCAUCGUGGGGCUCUUAUGUAAUCUUUGCCAUCAUCACGCUGUUCCUGGGCCUUCUCCUUGGCCUGAUGCUGGUGCUGAUCGCAGACUGCAUUUGCCCAUCACGGCCAAAGUACAAAGAGGAUAAGUCUGUUGUACUUCAAAAGGAUGAUGGCUCUGAGGAUGAAGUGGACGACACUCUGAUAGAGGAGAAGCACACAUCUGACUUGGACAAUGAGAGUGAGAGGGUGUCUGGUGAAGAGGAGGAGUUCACUGAAGAGGAAGGAAGCCCUGGCACUGAAGCUGCAGCUGGUGGCAGUGCACAAGUUACAAUGAGGAAGAGGAAACCUCAAGGUUCAAAUAGUCCAGAAGCUACAUAACACUGUACAGGCUGGAAAUCUGAAAUGCCCUUCAUACCAAAAUACAGAAACUCCACAGCAAAGCUAAAUACAGCACUGUAAGUGCUGAACACAUUUCUUCUUUCUGUGUUUUUCUGUUUUUGUCAAAGCCCACCUAGGUAUUCCAGUAUUUUUGUGUAUAAAUUACGAGAAAUCUUUUGCUUAUAAACAAAACUAUUUUGUCAAGUCAAAUAGACUUUAUUAUUUCAACCAUAUACAGUGCAGUAUACAGUGCAGUACACAGUGAAACGAAACAAAAAAAAAAGUUUAUCCAGGACCAAGGUGCUAUUGCAAACAACAUAAGUUAACAGUUAUCAUAAGUUAUCUGCCAAGGAUCUAUUUCACAGCAAAUGAUUUAUCUAUCUAUCUAUCUAUCUAUCUAUCUAUCUAUGAAUCUUUAGAAACUUGUUUAAUAUUUGUAUUUUGCAAUUUGGAUGUACAUUUACAAUUAUUGCUGCAAUCGUGUUUUUACGCCGUUGUUGAUUAAAAUGUUUUUAGUUUUUUUUGUGGCGCGUGCAUGCUUUUACAUUCCAGGGUAAAAUACUGCUUUGUAAAAGCGAUUUUAGUGAAAGUCAACGAAGGCAUCUGAUGCAAACGGCACUCUGAGUGUAAGGAGAAUCAUCAUCGUGAAUUAUAGAUUAUUGCAGUGGAUUGUUCCACAUCAGGGGUUUUCACUUUUUUUUUUUUUUUUUUUUUUUGCAGUCGAGGAAACAUUUAACUCAACAGAUUUGUUAAACAGAUUUCAGGAUUCCAGGAUUUGAGCACAGUAUUUAAACAUGUACAUGUGUAUUGUAACUGUUAUUAGAUUGUUACUGAUAUCAUUUUCCAGGCAAACUGUUUGGUAGUGGUGGCUGCUGGUUUCCACCAUUUGUAAUAAAACUAGAACAUCACAGACCCUCUGGUUGUGCUUUACAAACCAUUUUGGAUGACAUUAAGAAUUGUGGUUUUGUAUGAUGCUUACGGAGUUGUUUCAUGAGUUAAUUGCUUAAGUAUUAUAAAAUAGAAUCAGAGGUUUAAAUGGAACUGUUGAGAAUAGAGUCCUUAUCCAAAUAGGUUUAAUGCAUUUGAUGAAUUGAAAUUGAGACAAUGUAGUUGAACAAUCAGAAUGAAAUAAUCAAAAGUAUUUUUUAAUGGUGAUGUCAGACCUUUACUGUUAUUCCAAGUAGGCUUGUGCGAUUUUGAUUUUUACCCUGCUUGCUGCUUAGGCAAAUCACAAGAAAGUCUUUAGAACCAACAGGAAGCCAAGUAUUUUAACCAUUUCCGGUUUCAGGCAAAUGUAAAACGGUGUCGUAAUAUUCUCAUCUGUGCAGUCAGAAACAUCUUGCUGCUGUUGAGCUUAAUCCUUCCUAGCAGAAUCUGACUCUCCCUUAUGCAUGUCUUUAAAAAGCUUACCAACAAUGCAUAGUACCUCUAGAUUUCUGUUUUUCUAGGUUAUUCUAGAUCAAUUACAGUUCAUUGUAACAUUUAGUACACCAUAAUCACCAGAACUACACCAAACCAGCAACAACAAAAGAGCUUUGCAAUAAUACAGAAUUUUAUCAAAUGAUGUGAACACUUUGUUGGCGUAUUUUUCAGCUAAAUCUUUCUGAAUCCGAUUUGCUUUUGGAGAGUAGCCAAUUCCUAAUGGCAUAUUCUCAACAAAAAAGUCCUGUAAGAACAGUAUGCAGCAUUAGUGUGUUUACUCUGUAACGCAUGUACCUGGUAAUUGGAGUCAGUCUGGCAGUUCUACAUUUUGUUAUUAUUAGUUGGUUAUUAUUUAUUAUAAUUAUUUUAAAUAAUUUAUCCACACAACUAGCAUUUAAUUUUUUUUUUGCCAUAUUUAAGCACAGUUCCCUGAGGGAAAGCAUACAAAUGAUUAGAUUUAACCCUGAAUCUACCUGAAAAGUUUUUGUCAGCAUUCCUGAUAACUGUAGUUAACUGAUGUUAGUCAGGUUAAACACAAAUGUUCUAUUUUAUUUUACAUUAAUGAAAUCAAAGCAUUCUCCAUUGAACUUGACAGAAGGUCAGGGAGCCCCACAAACGUGAAAGGAGGUAUGGCUUGGUGGAAGGGGGUACUUAAUACUGGAGAGUUUAAAACACCUGCACAAAUCGUUCCAGAUUAAUGUGUUAAUUGUCUCAUUCCCAUUUUUCAUGCUGCUCUUUUGGCAUAUUUGUGAGUGAUAACUUGCACAGGAGGUAUUCUGAUCGAUUUUGGAGCUCCAGUUUAGAAAAAAAAAAAAGGUAUGUUGUGUUUUACAGGUCUGUUUAUAUUGCAGUGUAGUCUCAUGUUUUACACAGGCCUCUUCAAUUGGAUAAGUAAAGCUUAAAAAAUAGUGUUUGUAUUUGUUGGGUUUUUAUGGAUGUUUGAUCGGAUUAGCAUCUGCUGUUUUAUUUGUGCGAAUUUUGCUAAAUAUAUACACAAGUUAUUUCAAAAGCAAUGAACAUGGAUAUGAUUUCAAAUUUGAUAGCACUUAAUCAAUUACAUCGACUUUUUCCAGUAAUCCUGAAGAAGUUCAGUUGACAUAGAUAUAUGCAAUGUUUGAGUGUUGCUAUGGCAGUCUGUUGUAAACAUUUUAUACUAUUGACUGUUGAAAUUUGGUAUAUAAACUGUUAAUCGUGUUUUUGUCAUACAUUCUAUACCAGUGUCAUGUUUUAUACUAUACCAAAACAUACACAUGUUGAUGUCAUCUUAGAGAUUAAACAGACAUUCAGGUCAA